AUGGGUCAGAAUCGUGGCAACAGUCGAACGGCCAGAGAUCAGGCAGUGUCGUAUGUUGGCAUACGUUGUACACUGUCCAACCUGCCUCUUGCUGCUCUCUGCUGACGACAUAGUACGAAAGGAAGACAUCACAAGCCGGUGGCGCUCAGCUGCAUUGAAACGAGAGAACCACAUCGGCCGCUAGACCACAGUUUCAUUGGACGCUCAGCUCACGACCGCCUUAGGACCACAAUUUGCAUGCCUGCCAAGAGUGCGCGUGCGCACUGGCGGCGGGAACGCGAGCCGUCGUGCCAGACGCUAGCGUGCCACAAACUGGGAAAGAUGGAACACUGUGUGGUGGGUGUAGUGUCGGCUGUUGCCUGGUUACUGCAUUGGAACACGUUAUCUGCAGACUUCGCCUAUGAUGACAGCCGAGCCAUUAAGACGAACCAGGAUCUGUUACCAAGUACGCCUUUGUCCAGUCUCUUUAGGGAUGACUUCUGGGGUACACCGCUCUCACACAGUGGUUCCCAUAAGUCCUAUCGGCCGCUCUGUGUCCUGUCCUUCCGUAUGAACUACUGGCUGGGGGGUUUAGAUCCAUGGGGCUACCAUGUGGUCAAUGUUCUUCUGCACGUCUUGGUGUCGGGGCUUUUUACCCACCUGGCAGCAGGGGUCUUUUUGCAGCGUGCAUUGCCCACCGCAGUGGCUGGCUUGUUGUUCGCCGUCCAUCCAAUCCACACAGAGGCUGUGUCAGGGUUGGUGGGUCGUGCAGACGUUGGGGCUUGCCUCUUCUUUCUCUUGACACUGCAGGCCUAUGUUCAGUACUGUAAAUGGCGAGACAAGGAACCUGAAUACUGUGGUCGUCGCUGGAUAGCUCUUUACGGAACACUUGCGCUAGCUUCGGCAGCCAUGUUGACCAAGGAACAUGGCAUUACAGUGCUGGGGGUGUGCGUACUGUACGAUGUCGUGAUCCAGCAUCGUCUAACCCCGAAGGACAUACCUGCCGUUCUAGCAGAGAAACGCUACCAGGGUCUUCGAGAGGGGCUUCUUCACCUCCUGGGGGCAACCGUUGUGUUGGUGGGGUUCAGAAUUCACCUCAUGGGCACAAAACCCCCGGACUUCGCCCCAGCAGACAAUCCAGCAGCAGAUAGCGACAGUUUUGUGACUCGGACUUUAACAUUUUUCUAUCUCCCAGCCUUCAAUUUCUGGUUACUUCUAUGCCCGCUGUGGUUGAGCUUCGACUGGUCAAUGGAAGCUGUGCCCGUUAUCUGCUCCAUCUCCGACCCCAGGAACCUUGUAUCUCUAUGUUUCUAUGGAGGAUUAAUUUAUAUUUUACUCUUUGUACAUAAACAUUUAUCUAGAAAAGGAGUUCUUUCAGAAAGUGCCUUUAGUCAUGCUUGUUUAUGUCAAACUCUGAAUCAGAGUCCAAAACUUACGUUUUAUUCGAGCCACAGCGGGCCUGCGCAGAGACACAAAAAGUGUGUUCCUAUAUUGAACAAUAAUAAUAACAUUCACGCUUUCCUUCAGCCAAACUGUAAUGGUCACCGUCUUUCGAAUGGAAAUUGUCAUGUGCAACAGUCAUUGUGUCAAUCAUCUGUGUGUUCUCCCGUUUUUGACUGUACUGAAUGUACGAUAACCAGCUCGUCUCGUCUGGAGGCUGUGACACUCUCCCUGGCUCUCCUAGUACUGCCAUUCAUUCCAGCCACCAACUUGUUCUUCUACGUGGGCUUUGUUGUCGCCGAGCGUGUGCUCUACAUCCCUAGCAUGGGCUUCUGUCUACUUAUUGCACUAGGGUUCGAACAGCUAUACAGGCGCCAGGAAAGUGCAAGACGCCGCCGAACGCUAUUGUAUAUCUUAGUGCUUCUCUUGGUCCUUUUCUCCAUACGAACUUUUAGAAGAAAUCAAGAUUGGUACACCGAAGAGAGCCUCUACAGAUCUGGUAUACCCAUCAACCCGCCAAAAGCUUACGGAAACUUGGCCAACAUCUUGAGUGCUCAAGGCAAGAAGACUAAAGCAGAAUGGGCUUACAAGAAAGCGUUGAGUUAUCGAUCCAAUAUGGCGGACGUCCAUUAUAAUCUGGGGAUAUUACUACAAGAGCAGGGCAGGUAUGAAGAAGCUCUGCAGGGUUACAGGUUGGCAAUCCAGUUUCGACCCCGUCUCGCAAUGGCCCACUUGAAUAUGGGACUGGUACUCGGAAUUCUGGGAAGAAAAGAAGAAGCCGUUGAGGUCUAUCGCCAUUGUGCCCAGUUAGACAGCGCCGGUCUCAAGGAUCCAAAAAUGCACGAAAGUACCAAAAUAUCAGCCCUUUUUAAUCUAGGUCGUUUAUACGCUGAUGAAGGGAAAUAUCAGGAAGCCAUCGACGUGUAUCAAGAGGCUAUGCACAAAAUGCCUGAUCAUUAUCAACCUCAGUCACUCUAUAACAUGUUAGGCGAAGCGUUUUUCAAGCUCGGAAAGUUCGUUGACGCUGAACAGUGGUACAAAGAAGCCCUACGAGUAAAACCGGAUCACGUUCCAGCACAUCUUACAUAUGCGAAAUUAUUAUCUAAAUGGAACCGACUUUUAGAAGCAGAACAAUGGUUUUUAAAGGCUAAAUCUAUUGCACCAAACGACUCGAGUGUUUACCAGCAUUAUGGCCAGUUUUUAUCAGAAUCAGAGCGCCAUAACGAAGCUGCUGAAACCUACCUUCGUGCUGCUCAGCUAUCCCCUGAAGAGUACGAAAUUGUUUUCAACGCUGCCAAUACCUUAAGGCAGGCUGGUCGAAAUGCAGAAGCCGAAAAUUAUUACCAUUUAGCUGUCAAGCUACGUCCAAAGGAUGUAACAAGUCACAUGAAUCUGGGAGCCAUGCUUCAUGUUAAUGGAAAACUUCUGGAAGCUGAGUCCAGUUACUUGGAAGCUCUUCGUUUAAAGCCUGAUGAUCUUAUAACUCAGAAUAACCUACAGAAACUUCGAAACUUACUAGCACAGAAAGGUCUUCGCACCACAACCCAUCACCGUCUGUAACUUUACAGUUUCUGAAUGGAGCUUUGGUUUUCCAUUGAAAUGACCAUCUGUUGUUAAAAUCCAUCACCAACAGACGCGGAUAUGAUUUCUCGAAGUUGGUCAUGAUUCAGAUACCUUGUCAUCUACAUAAAUAGGGAAAAGUCAAAAUGUUAGUUCUGGUCAGAAAAAGUGCUUUAUUGGUGAGAAUUUAAAAAAAAAAACUACCCUACACUACUUUCGGUAUCAUGGAUUUUAGUGUUAGUUCAUAAAUGACCACUGUCCUUUAUUAUUAUCAUUAACGUGGAAUUCUCUACCAGUGAUAACAGAGGGCAGUGAAAAAUAUAGUUUUAUUUCAAAAGAAAAACAACAACAUCAAUCCCCUUUAUCAUCCUGCACAGUAAGAGAUGCCUACUGAUGAUAAAGUUGGAAGGCUGGCUAAAGAUAAGUUUUUUCGUUGUUGUUACAAAAUAAAUGACUACUUUAGAUCGGGAUUUGCCUCAAACUCUAAAAUAGUAACAAUUAGUAAUUUUGCGAAGAAAGGUUAUGUAAAAGAGAAUGGAAAAAAUGACAGCAUUUUUACUGUUUUGUUGAUUACUUUCUGCUUUACCAACAGUAAAAAUGGUUCAAUAGGGUAGUGUAGGUGAUGAAAGAUAGAUAAAAAUGGUUCAGUAGGGUAGUGUAGGUGAUGAAAGAUAGAUUUAUUGUAGAUUCAGCUUUUUUUUCUAUAAAGGAAUUGCAAUAUCCUCUCAUCAACUAAAAAUAGUUCGUUAGGAUACUCCUAUACAUUGUUCAGUAAAAUAUAUACAGCAUAUGGUUUAAAAGUCGCUUCUACUUAAUGACAAAUUUUGACAUAUUGGUCAGUGAUCUUUACUCUUUUGUUUUUAAAAUGUACAAGAUAUUUUAAACGUGACGAAGUAACUAUGUAACUGAGGUUAAUAACAAUAGUACGUUAUCUGUGGCUCUUCGAACUGCGUUUAUAGACAGCUUGCUAAAUAAAAUAUAAAACGUUCACUUUUAAACUCUGAUCUAAGAACAUCUGAUAUAACACAUUGUGUAUCUUCGUAUAAGAUAAAGCAACUUUAAUGCAAUAAAUUUUGUUUUCCACAGAACAAAAGCAAAUGGGAAACACUAGUCAAGUAUAAAUAGACAAAUCCUUAAGAGUGAGGUAGUUAUUUUAUAGUAUUUUAUUAUAUCAAUUCUUUUGUGAUCUCUAUAAAAACUUGUUUCAAAAUGCACGAAAUGGACAACUCUUUGAUAAUUUUGUUUGGUGCACGUGUUUCAUAUAUAAAGUUAUUGGUUGUAUGUGUUCUUCCAAACGACCAAUGCGCUCUGAACUGAUAGUAGGCUCUGAAAGGCUGGUACCUAAUUAUUAAUUCAUAAAAUCAAACUCGACAAAUUUUACUUAAAAAAAUGUUGUAGCAAAUGAACUAAACUACUAAUAUUUUGUGUAGACAAAUGUUACUUAUAGUUAGUACCACUUUUGACUAAUAUCACAGAAUUUAUUUAUCGAUGUUUAUUUAUGGGGAUGGUCUACAUGCAAAACAGGAAUAUAAAGUGCUAUACUCUGUUCUUUAUUCAACCAUCCAAAGAACGUGGUGUUUAUGAGCAAUCUGAAUGUUAAAGUUUGUAACAUUCCUUGACUAUUAUUAUUAUUAUUAUUAACUUAUCACUUGUACAGUUUUCAGAAGCCUUAUGUGUUGUAUGAGAAGAGAAAAAUAAUCGUACACGUGAAAAAAAGAGAAGAAAUGGAGAUAGAACAAUUGAACGUAAUAACAGUAUUUUAGACUUUAACUUAUCUCGUUUCUCUAAAAGAAAGGAGUUGUUAAAAGCUUCUUAUUUCCGAAAAUUGUCAGAUUUGUUGAUUUGAAACACUUUAUCGUUUUAAGUAUAUGUUUUUAAAUGACUACAAAAUUCAGAAAAAAACUUUAAUUCUACAAUGUUAAAAACACAGACUCAGCAAAUCAAUAGAUGUUAUAAAGAAUAGGUUAUUGUGAUAGAGUUUUCUGAAGUGAGGGGGUCCAGUUUCUCUUCCGAAAUAAUGUACUUGCUGAAAUCUUACUUAAAUUGUCUGGUUACAAAAUGCAGAUCGUAUCUCUAACAUAUUGAAUCUAUGGACAUCAGAAUUAAUAUUUCAAUACUUAUAAUAUUUUUUAGAUAACUGUAUUUCUUCUGUAUUUAUUAUUCCAUUCUUUGUU